AUGAACCCUCGACGUCUUCUCGGUGCAUUAGGAGCCUUGUGGCUCGCCGGCAGUGCCUCUGCGGCGGCUCUGAGCCCUCGUGCAGACAUCGUCGAUACUGCCAGCCUUGACGUGCUCACCAAAGGAGCCGACGCGCAGGUGCAGUCUGUCAUCGACACAAAGGCUUCCGCCCUUCGUGACCAGCCCCGCGCCUUGACCCGUCAGGUCCGCAGACUCGUCACACCUUUUGUCUGGCCACAGUCAACCUAUUAUCAUGACGAGUCUUUGAUCCCACACAUAGACGAGAUGCUCGCCACGCUCGUCCGGCGCCAGCACGAUGACGGCACCUUUACUGUUGGAAACCGCCACUCACCCCCUGACACUGGCUUUCUGAUUGAAGACUUUGGAAUCAUGGAAAACAUCCUCUCGCGAGACCAACACCCUGCUUCGGCGCGCAUCGCAGAAACCAUCCGUCUCAUCCUUACAAAAGCCGGUCCCGGCAUGGUCAAGGGCGGUAUUCACACACCCAACCACCGCUGGAAGAUUUGCUCUGCUCUUGCGCGCAUCUACAAGGUGACGGGAGAGGAGAGCUAUAUCAACCGUAUCGACGAGUGGCUCGCAGAGGGCAUCGACCAGGACGCUGACGGCAUCUAUUCGGAGCGCAGCCCCAUCUACUAUGGUGCUGUUUCGAACCCGUCGCUCCUUGCCGUUGCUCACAUCCUGAACCGAACCGAGCUGCUCUCUUAUGUCCGCAAGAACCUUGAGCUUAACAUCCAGCACUCGGAGCCAAACAGCGAGCCCGAGGUUGUCCACUCGCGCCGCCAGGACCAGGGCCAAGCUAAACGCGAUCUGCAGGACUUUUACGUCCAGUACCGCGAGCUAGCUCUCCUUGACAACAACGGCCGCUUCGCUGCCAUGGCAAAUCUGAUCGAGAAGGUCGGUGGAUUGAACCUGGGCGAUUUUCUGGCCGACGCGGCCGAGCGGCCCGAGCUUAUGCGGCAGCUACCUGCAGAGGAGCAGCCCUUUGUCGACUUUGAGAAGCUCUACCGUGAUGUGAGCCUUGUCCGCGCCCGCCGUGGGAAGCUCACCACGACAGUAUUUGGCGGCACCGAUUGGUACAGCAAUGGUGAGGAGACCGAGUUCUUCAACCGCAUUGGAUCCGGUCUGUCUACCAAUCCCACCCUGUUCCGGGCAUGGAACGGCGGCCUGGUGCUCGAAGGUGUGCGGCUCGUCUCGGACUUUUUCUCCAUGGGCCAUUUCCGGUCCAACGGCAUCUCGUUUGCCAAUGGUGUGAGCAAGUUGGGCAACGAGGUCAAGAUCCCGUACUACCUCCCGAUUGCACCCGAGCUCCGUGAUCAGAACGGCACGUAUAAGAUGUCGAGGUCCGUCGAUGGACGCUUCUACUCGGCGCUCGACUUUGAGAACCGCCCCACCAGCACGCGGGACCUGAAAACGGACAUCACCGUAUCGCCCACUGAUACAGGUUACGACCUUGUAUUUGAGGUGACUGGUGAGCCAGACGUUGGCGUGACAAUCGAGGUGACAUUCCGCCCGGGUGGGAAGCUCGAGGGCCCCGAGGAGCUGGUGGAUGGCAACGGCGUCAAGACCUACCACCUUGUCGAAGGGCAGGGCAAGUACAGUCUCGGCAACGACACCAUCACCUUUGGCCCUGGCAACGGCGAUGGCGUUAUUGAUACCAGCCCUGGCGAACAAUACAGUUGGCCUGGUGGAAACCUCGCCCUGACGGGCCACCGAGUCUUCAUCACUGGCACGUCCCCUAUGGAAUACACGCUGAAGCUGGGAUUUGCAUAG